UGACGUUAUAUAAACGCAACCAGGAAGUGAAACGGCGAGUUCAGCUCCGCGUCCAACAAACAAACACUCUGCCAUGGCAACAGCCGGAGCUAGCCUGUUCUUCGUUGUAUUUAUUAGCCUGGCUUUGGCAGACGACGUCAAGUUAAAAUACAAACCAGCUACCAAACCUGUGAGAUUAUUCACAGAAGAAGAGCUCAAGAGGUACGACGGAAGCCAGGAGGGAGAGCCCAUCUACAUGGCAGUAAAGGGGGUGGUGUUCGAUGUUACCAAAGGAAAAGCGUUUUAUGGCAAAAAUGCAGCCUACAAUGCCUUGGCUGGCAAGGACUCCACCCGAGCCGUAGCGAAGAUGUCCCUCGAUCCUGAAGACCUGACAUCAGAUACCACUGGUCUCACGGAGGAGCAGCUGAAGUCUCUGGACGGCGUCUUCGAGGACACCUACAAAGCCAAGUAUCCCAUCGUGGGCUACACAGCCGCACGUAUCCUCAACCAGGACGGUAGCCCCAAUGAAGACUUCAAACCCGAAGACCAGCCGCACUUUAAGAUCAAAGACGAGUUUUAACCUCAGAUGUACUUCCUUUUUUACUUUUGUACAAGUCUUAUAGUGGAACCUGUUUAUGUGGGCAAGUCGGAGUCGGAAUUAAGUCCUGGUACAGCUUAGUACUACAAAAGGAGAAAUCAGAAAAUGGCUCAGCAUGGACAAAAAC